AUGGAUUAAACUAAUGAUCAAGAGGUUCAGAAUGAGAUAUAGUAUCCAUUUUAGCCAAUGUUAUCAGAAGAUCAAUUUCACUUAUUCGAAAACAUUAAAGUGAAAUUAAUUGGUUAAAAUGGCAAGGAAAUUGAGUUUGUUCCAAAUUCAGGAAAUUUACUUAUUACAAAUGAGAGAUUGUGUUGGUAUUGUUAACCAUAAAAUAAUGAAUAAUCAACGAAUGAACAAAUAUAAAAAGAGAUAUUAAUAGAGAAAGCAGAAGAAAAUACAUCCUGUGUUUCUAAUAUUAAUGGAAAGUCUUUUAUGUUUAGUUAUGAAACAUUGGUCUCACAUGGCGAAUAAGGGGAUCAGUUUAUGUGUUUCUUAGGCUCUCAAGAAGAGGAAGAAAUGGAUUUAGAAGAAGAAUAAGAAGCAUUAAUUGAAUUAAUUAAAUAAGAAAACCCUGCUGAAAUAGUAAAUUUAGGGAAGGGUGAAUAUUAAAUUUAUUUUGAUCUUAGUAAAUAAUCAUAGGAAGCAAAAAAGAAAAUAAAUGAUAUUUUUACAGAAUUAGCGACUGCAAAUGUAGAAAUGGAAGAAGAGGGAGAUGAGUUUAUGGAUGAAAUGAUUACAGCUGAUAAUAUUGAUUAAGAUGGAAAUAUUAUUGUUAAGAAGUAAUAAUAAUAGGAGGGUGAGGAAAUAGAGGAUAAUGAUGAAGAUUAUGAAGAUGUAGAUGAUGAUGAGGAAGAAGAAGAAGAAGCAGAAGAUAAUUAAUUUGUUAAUAAUAAUAAUAAUCAAAAAUAAAAUUGA